AUGAUACCCUGGACGUCCCUGCUCCUGCUGCUGCUGCUGGCCGGGCUCCCUGCUGCAUGGCCCGCUCCCCCGACCUGCUACUCCAGGAUGCUGACCCUGAGCAGGGAGAUCACCAGUGAGUUCCAGGGGCUGCAGGCCGCAGAGCCAGGGGAGCCCUGUGUGAGGUACCUGCCUGGGCUGCACCUGGAUAUCCACAAUUACUGUGUGCUGGCCAAGCUGCGGGACUUCGUGGCCUCACCCCACUGUUGGAAAAUGGCCCAGGUGGAUGCCCUAAAGGACAAAGUGCGGAAGCUGUACACCAUCAUGAACUCGUUCUGCAGGAGGGACCUGGUUUUCCUCUCUGAUGACUGCAGCGCCUUGGAGCACCCAAUCCCGGUGACCACGGGCCCUCCCGAGGGCCAGAGCUAAGGCGGCCAGAUGAGAGAAAGAACCCAGAGGCCUGAGGCUGUGCAUCUGCCCAGAUGGAGGGCGGAAGCCACAGCCCCACAGGCCUCCUGCGGCGGGCCUCAGCCCCCUGUGGAAGGCGGCACUGCUGCUGGGGGGGGGGGGGGAGGCCUACUCUGCAGUGCCUUGGUGGUCAGAUGCACCAGGAAGAGGGCUCACAGCCUCUCCUGCAGGGCCAGAAACUUGAGCCCACACAGAACGAUGGUCCUGACCAUGGCAAGAGCGGGGUACACAUGCACCCGCCUCUUCCUUGUUGGGAACCUGCUGACCCCUGACCAAGCUUCUGUUUUAUGCCUUCCCUCAUCACAAGCUCCUGGUCCCUUCUUUCAUUUUUAAAGAAAUGUUACUGCUUUUAAGAUGUAUUUGUGAGGUUUUUACGUAGCACUGCAAAAACACUCUUCUCCUGAAAGCUGAUGAAAAUCAAAUAAAAACAUCUUCACCGCAAAA